GUUUGCCUUCAAUUGAAUGACAACUCAGCAAACGGUGUAAACAAACAGUCAGUCAUUCAAGUGAUGCACACUUUGGACAUGACUUCAGACAAUUCACUCCACAAACAGUCCACCAAUCAAUGGGAAGAGUUGAGACGUCAGGCGCGACACUAUGAAAAUGAAUUGGACUCUAAGUUAUUGAGUUUCAGUCAAUAUGUCUCCAAAGACAUCACCAGAGAUGACGGUAGCGAAACGGUUCCACUAAUAUCUGAGUCGAGGGAUGGCUUCGAGGGAUUGAAGGGUGAGAUCGAGGGUCUGGUGACGGCUCUGACGGAUGUGAACAAUCAAAUGUCUCAAUACUGUGAACGCGUACAGAACGCCAGCGCAACCAUAUAUACACUCCAAAGACAUCGUGAGAUUCUUCACGACUACACCAAUGAGUUCCACAAAACACGGCUUAAUAUCGAAGCGAAACUCAAUAGAGAACUACUGUUGGGUCCGCACAAGAAGGACACCGGUUUUCGGACCACAACUAACAAGAAGAACGACCUUUUGCUGAAAGAGAGUCAACACAUCCGCAGCUCUGAGAUUAUGAUCGAUGAACAGAUCAAUGUUGCCGUUCGCACGCGAGAGCAUCUCAUAAACCAGAGGAAUGCCUUCAAAACGAUUCAAACACAUAUGACAACAAUGGCCAGUAUGUCGGCAAUCAAUUGCUAUUCAAACCAUUCACUCAUUCAUUCAUUGAUUGUUUUCUAUUUCAGAUAAGUUUCCAUUAAUUAAUAGUUUAGUCCACAGAAUCAACAUUAAGAAGAAAAAGGAUUCAAUUAUAUUAGGCAUUGUUAUCGCC